AUGGAAAAAAAUAAAUUAUUUAGUAUUUUCUGUAAACCUAAACAGUUUGUAGACAUUUCACUAAUUUCAGUGGCAUCAAUAAAUACUACAAACAUAAUUGUUGAUGUUGAAGAUGAUGCAUCUGUAGAUGAUGCUAUGCCUGUGAAGGCUGUACAUGAACCCACACAAGAUGUACAAUGUGAUAUUAAUGACAUUUUAGAUUUAGGUGAUAUUGACUCGGGCCCAGCAACACCUAUAUUAGACGCGUAUCCUAAAACUUGUUUUGGAUCACAAAAUCGCGCUUUUACUUCAGCAUUAUUUAAACAAUUCGAUUGGCUUGAGUAUAGCAUUUCAAAAGAUAGUGUAUUUUGCUAUGCAUGCCGUACAUUUGGUACAAACAAAUGUAAAUCUGAAGAAACAUUUACAACUAAAGGUUUUAACAAUUGGAAAAAAAUAAGUGGUUCAAAAGGUAAAGGAAAGAACUCUAAAUCAAAAUUAGAAAUUCAUUCUAGUACUCUGAAUCACUUAACAUGUAUGGCUAAAUGGUCAGCUCAUAAAAAAUCAAAAUCAACAGGAUCUGUUUACACUUUGUUAUCAAAUGCUAAGCAUGAAGAAGUAAUUAAGAACCGAAACUAUAUAAAAUGUAUAAUAGAUAUUAUUUUGUAUCUCAGUCGGCAAGGCAUAGCAUUUAGAGGUCAUCAAGAAGAUAGUAAUUCAUUAAAUCAAGGAAAUUUUAAGGAAGCUUGUAAACUAUUUUUCAAGAAUAAUCCAGAUUUUCAAAUUAAUUAUGAGAAAUAUAUAAAUUAUACAAGUCCUACCACACAAAAUAUUAUCAUUGACAUUUGUUCAAAUCACGUUCGGGACUAUAUCAUAAAUGAAGUUAAAAAAGCUCAAUUUUACUCUAUUAUGUGUGAUGAAGCAAGAUGUCACAAAGAAGAACAGAUGUCGGUUUGUGUUAGGUACACCAAAAAUUUUGAAGUUUUUGAAAGGUUUAUUGGCUUUCUUAAUGUGUCCGAAAAACAAGACGCUGAGUCACUAAGUAAUGCAAUUCUUAACUUUUUAAAAUUCUGUAAGUUUGACCACGUCCCCAUUAUUGGACAGUCGUAUGAUGGAGCCAAUGUAAUGUCUGGCAGAAAAGGUGGUGUACAAGCCAAAAUGAUAAAACACUAUCCGUAUGCAACACACAUUCAUUGUAUGGCUCAUAAGCUAAACUUGAUUGUUGUUGAUAUGUGUAAAAAUGUAAAUGUAAGUAGCUAUUAUUAA